UUUCGGUCCGAGUGGAGUGGAACGUGAAGCUAAAAUGAGCAAGGUUUCCAGAGACACGCUGUAUGAGGCGGUACGCGAGGUCCAGCAGGGCUCCCUCAGCAAACCACGCAAGUUUGUGGAAACAGUGGAGCUCCAGAUUAGCUUGAAGAACUAUGACCCCCAGAAGGACAAGCGUUUCUCCGGCACCGUCAGGCUGAAGACCACUCCCAGGCCCAAGUUCUCAAUGUGCAUCCUCGGAGACCAGCAGCACUGUGACGAGGCCAAGGCAGCGGACCUCCCACACAUGGACAUCGAGGCCCUCAAGAAGCUCAACAAAAACAAGAAGCUGGUGAAGAAGCUGGCUAAGAAGUACGAUGCCUUCCUGGCCUCAGAGUCCUUGAUCAAACAGAUCCCUCGUAUUUUGGGUCCGGGACUGAACAAGGCCGGCAAGUUCCCCUCUCUGCUCACCCACAACGAGAACCUCAUCACCAAGGUAGAUGAGGUCAAGUCUACCAUCAAGUUCCAGAUGAAGAAGGUGCUGUGCCUCGCAGUGGCUGUGGGCCAUGUGAAAAUGACUGAGGAAGAGCUGGUCUACAACAUCCACCUGGCUGUUAACUUCCUGGUGUCACUGCUCAAGAAGAACUGGCAGAACGUGCGUGCACUCUAUAUCAAGAGCACCAUGGGCAAGCCCCAGCGUCUCUACUAGACAUCCUGCUUUUUUAAAAAAUAAACCUGCCAAAACCA